AUGGCCAACGUUGUCCCCAUAAUCAAGAAGAACGGUAAAGUACGAGUUUGUGUCGACUACCGGGAUCUAAAUAAAGCAAGCCCUAAGGACAACUUCCCUCUCCUGCACAUUGAUGUUCUAGUGGACAAUACCAUGGGGCAUGCUUUAUUUUCAUUCAUGGACGGAUUCUCGGGAUACAACCAAAUCAGGAUGGCACCUGAGGACAAGGAAAAAAUGAAUUUCAUCACAUUAUGUGGGACUUUCUACUAUAAAGUCAUGCCAUUCGGACUAAAAAACACCGAAUGGAGGAUGUUGUUCGAUAGGGCAAUCAAUGUUUGGGGACAUGGGAUAGGUGCGGUGCUCAUAUCACCAAAUGGGAAACAUUAUCCGGUGGUAGCUAAGCUCAUCUUCCCUUGUACUAACAACAUAGCCGAAUAUGAGGCAUGUAUAUUGGGUCUGCAGAUAGCUUUGGAUCGGGGUGUUAAGCGACUAACAGUAAAAGGAGACUCGGCUUUGGUCAUCCACCAGCUAACCGGAGAAUGGGAAACUCAGGAUUCCAAGUUGGUACCGUAUCGAGAGUACAUUCAAAAGAUGAUAGAAGGGUUUGACAGUAUCAGUUUCUCUCACACGCCAAGAGAAAACGAUGUAAUGUCUAAUGUGCUAGCCACACUGGCAACAUUAUUCAAGGUAGAAGAAGGGGUGAAGAUCGAAACUAUUCAAAUCAGAGUACAACCCGAACCUGCCCACUGCACAGUGAUAGAGGAGGCCGACGGGAAACCGUGGAUUUAUGAUAUCAAAACCUACAUCCAGAAAAAUGAGUAUCCCGAAGGGGCAGCCAGUAAUGAUCAGAGGACUAUCAGAAGGUUGGCCAUGGGUUUCUUCUUAGAUGGUGAAGUUUUGUACAAAAGAAAUCAUGACAUGACCCUCCUACGGUGUGUAGAGGCACAGGAGGCCCGACAAGUCAUGCGUGAGGUUCACGAGGGAGUCUGCGGUACCCAUGCUGGAGGCCACUCAUUGGCACGAAAAAUACUUAGGAGCGGGUAUUAUUGGAUGACCAUGGAGAGAGAUUGCAUUGACUACGCCCGAAAGUUCCAUAAGUGCGAAAUUUAUGGUGAUCGGAUCCAAGUCCCACUAGCCCCACUUCAUGUUCUCUCCGCACCUUGGCCCUUUUCAGCCUGGGGCAUGGAUGUGAUCGGGCCAAUAAGCCCAAAAGCCAGUAACGGACACCGUUUCAUCUUUGUGGCAAUCGAUUAUUUCACUAAAUGGGUAGAAGCUGCCUUGUACUCCAGUGUCACACAGAAUGUGGUAAGUCGUUUCGUCAAAAAAGAGUUGAUCUGCCAGUAUGAAAUCCUUGAAAGAAUAAUCACAGAUAAUGCCAAGAACCUGAACAACGCAGUAAUGACCAAACUAUGCAAUCAGUUCAAGGUCAAGCAUCACAAUUCAGCGCCGUAUAGACCAUAG